GGGGAGCUGGCUCAGCCCUGCUCUGCGCCUGCAGCGGCUGAGGAGGGGAUCGAAGGCAGUGCCUGAGGGAGGAGGAGGACGUUAAUGGUGUGUUAGCCCGGAUGAUUAAUACAAGCGCCUGCAAACAACCCUCCAACGUUUCCACCCUCCGCUGCAAGAUGAAUCGCUGGAAAGCGCCGCUAAUCGCUAACAUACCUUGGGCCUAAAGCCCCUUCCUGCCCCGCCGUGCUGUGAGCACCACGGCCGUGCCCAGCCUGGGACUCACUGCAGCAAGAGCAGGGGUCAGCCCCACUGUCACCCAGCAGGGUGAAGCCCUGCCUCUGGGAGACAUCCUCCUGGGGAUCUGUGUCCCGUGGGUGCAGAGGCGAGCAGGAUGGGCUGCCCACUUCAGUGCCCCACCCUGGGCUUGGGUUUGGGGCUGUGGUGAUGUACAAGAUCCCAGGCCCAGAGGGUCCCCCCAGCCCUUUCGUGGCCAGGCUGGGACAGAGAAACGCAGGGCAGGUCCCCACCUCCCUACUGUAAAUACAUUUGUGUGCAUGGACAGUAUCAUUUUUAUAUAUUUAUAUACCUAUGCAGUGUCUGUGCAGGGUUGAGCAGCACGCACACGUGUGCUUAUAAGCCAUGUAUGUGAUAGGUGAGCAUGCCUCACGUGUGUGUGUGUCAUAUACAUUAUAUAUAUAUUAUAUAUCCGUAUAUAAUGACAUUGUGGUGCAGCGCAUCCGUGCUGCUGGGGUGUGUGACAUACAGGGGCACCCGUGUGUGGCGUGUUUGUGGAGUGUGUGUACAGCACAGAGUUGUGUGGUGCAUGCAGCAUCUUUGUGGUGCAUGGGCAAGCGUGUGCAGUGUGUUUGCGUGUGCAGCAGCGCAUGGUGCAACCAACACCAGUGCAGUGUGGAUUUGUGCAUUGCGCAGCGUGGGUGUGUGCUGUACACGCGUGCAGUACACAACCCUGUGCAGCUGUGCCACGCACGGACCAGGCGUGGGCCAGGAGCCCCCUGUGCAAGGAGGGAGCCCACACCCCAUCUCUGCCGCCCCCAACCGCAGGGGUGCCCGGCCCGCCUCACUCGGAUACCUUCUCCCCUUUUUCUCCCCAUCCCCCGGCUCCCGCGGCUCCGAGUGCGGCCCCGAGCGCCCCGCAGUGCCCGCCCGGCCCCGCCGCGCUCCGCUCGCACGGAGCCGAGCCUGUCCCGCAUGGUUGGGAAGGAGAGUCCCGGGGCACUGCGGCCCCGGAGCGAGCACACGGCCCGGCCCGGCCCGGCCGUCGGGGUCCGGACAGCCGCGCUCCCCCGGCCCGCUGCCGGCUCUCGGGGGGCUCGGACACCCCCGCCCCGGCAGCGGGAGGCAACGGGAAUCGAAGCGCUCCGGGACGGGGGUGGGGUACCCCUCGGUUCUUCUUCACCCCCUUCUCUCUGAAAGCGAGGAGCAGGCGGGACCGAGGGCAAGCGGCGGAGGUGUGAGCCCAAACCCCCGAGCCCGGCGCACGCCCCCUCCGCCGCUUCGCUCCCCCCGGGGCCUCCGCGCAUCCUCCCCUGCCCAUUGGCUCCACGGCGGGGGGGCCGCGGCCCUAUAUAAAGGCAGGGUCGGGAGGCUCCAGAAGGGGUUAAAAAAACCCCAAACAACAAACCCAAAACCCCAAACCCCGACCGCCCCACCCCAAACCCCACAGCCGCCUCCGCCACCGGAGCCGCGCUCCCCGCAGCCCGCGGCGCCCGCCCGGCGGGGAGCGCCUCCCGCCCGGCCAUGGAGCGCUGCUGAGCGGCCCCCGGGGCCAGCGGAGCGGAUCAUGAACCUGGUGGGGGGCUACCAGCAUCACCACCACCACCACCAUCACCACCACAUGCUGCACGACCCUUUCCUCUUCGGGCCGGCGGCGCGGUGCCACCAGGAGCGCGCCUACUUCCCCGGCUGGGUGCUCAACCCGGCCGAGGCGACCCCCGAGCUCGCCGGGCAGAGCCCUAGCUACGGCCCCGCCGAGUACUGCCCGGCCGGCCCGGGGCGGCUGGAGGCUCUCAGCGGCCGCCUGGGACGGCGAAAAGGUGUCGGGGGUCCCAAGAAGGAGCGGCGGAGGACGGAGAGCAUCAACAGCGCCUUCGCCGAGCUCCGCGAGUGCAUCCCCAACGUGCCCGCCGACACCAAACUCUCCAAGAUCAAGACCCUGCGCCUGGCCACCAGCUAUAUCGCCUACCUGAUGGAGGUGCUGGCCAAGGACAGCCAGCCCGGGGACACCGAGGGCUUCAAAGCCGAACUCAAGAAGGCGGACGGCAGGGAGAACAAGAGGAAAAGGGAGACGCAGCCCGAGGUCUAUUCGCAUCCUCUGGGUCACGGCGAGAAGAAGCUGAAGGGCCGGACGGGUUGGCCCCAGCAGGUCUGGGCUCUGGAACUGAACCCCUGAGAGCUGCCCCGCCGCCGCUCCCCGCCCGCCCCUCCAUGUGCAAUGUCGGAGAGAGCCCAGCCCGGCCCCGGAGCCCCUCCAGGGGCAGGAUACGGGGAGCCGGCCCGGCUGCCCCCCGCCCGGACGGAUGCUGAGCGGGCUCUAGAGAGGCGAGAGCGCUUUGCGGGUGCGGGUCCUGCUCGCCUCGUCGGCCCCGGGGUCCGGCCGGGCCCUUUCCCCCUGUCCCCUCCCGAAUUUGCAGUAUUCGUUGCUCCAUCCCGCUGCCAGCAGCCACCGGCUGCUCCUGCCCUGCCGGGCCGGACUGGAACGGUUCGAUUCGUUUGCUAUUGUAAAUAGGAGCCCCCGAUCCCCUGUCCCCGUCCGCUGCCUGACCGACGUGUGGCUGCGGUGAAACUACCUAGAGGUGCAUUUGGGAACACUCCUGUGCCGGGUUUUCUACCUCAGAUCUGCAUGACCACUUCCCGAGGGACCGAGCGCGCCACACCACGUAUUUAAAACUGAAUAGCUAAACAAACAAAAAAAUCUAAUAAAAUAAAAUUUAAACUUUAUGCAAACGG